AAGAAGUGGAGCUCAUUAAAAAAGAGAGAAUUCUAGACAUUAGAGAUGAGCGAAUCGAACCAGGCGAAGUGGAAUUCGUUUCGAAUUUCAGGAAAAAUUCGAUUUGCGUCGAAUCCGAAUAUUUGCAUAAUUCGGGUGCGCGAAUCGGAUUUUUCCCGAUCAGCCGGCAAAAGUGUCCCUGCAGAGAGCUCCGCUAUUUCUGACAGUUCUCUGACAGUUCCUUCACAUGUACAGCGGUUGAAACAUUGUAUCUAUUUGUUUCCAUUUAGGAUACAGAUGUUUUUAUUCGGAAAUAAAUAGAUACAAUGUUUCAACCGCUGUCAACCGCUGGAACUGUCAGAGAACUGUCAGAAAUAGCGGAGCUCUCUGCAGAUACACUUUUUGCUCGCUGUAUGGAGUAUUGAAUGUCAGAGAACUGUCAGAAAUAGCCUAUU